AUGAAUGUAGAAAAUUCGCAAUUUGUGAAAUGUGCUUCAGUCAGUGACAAUCGGUUAUGCGCUAUGUGCUCGGAAAAUGAGUUUAAGUACAAAUGUCCGAAGUGUGAAGUAAAAACUUGUAGUCUUUCAUGCUGUAAUGACCAUAAAGCACAGUUUGGUUGUACGGGCAUAUGUGAUACUAUUGCCUAUUGUCGGAAAGAGAAUUAUUCAAUGUUCUUCUUUCAGAAAGACUAUAGAUUAUUAGAGGAAAUAGACAGAAAAAAUGCUUAUAGGGAAAAACAACUUUUAUCGCUAUCUCAUCGAAAUACUGGGAGGAUACGUAGAAGGAAUCAACUAGUAAAGUUGGCUAAUGAAUAUGGUGUAACACUUCGACUCGCACCAACACUUAUGUUGUCACGUACAAAAGUCAACAAAACCCGUGUCCAUAUACAAAAAGACGAACCUAAAAGUAUUUUAUGGAGCAUAGAAUUUAGUCUUAUGUCUUCAGAAGAAGCUUCAGAUGUAACUUGUAUUACCAGCCAUUCGAAAUCAAUACGCCUGGUCGUACAUGAUCAAGAGCAACUGACACGUUUAUGUACUAUAUGGAGCAAUCACAUACUUAAUGUAUCAUCUGAACGGCAAGAUGAGCUGAUUACGUAUUAUCCCCCUGGUUCACCUCCUUUUGGAAAAAUCUCAUCAUGGUUACAUUCCAAAACAAGUCGAUUUUGUGAUUCCACUGCCAAGUUUUAUUUCUAUGUAAAUGUCCAAGAAAAUGGUGUUGAACAAGUAAGCAAAGAUAUCAAAACAACAACUCUUCAGAAUAAUUAUGUGGAAGUAUUCUCAACGAGAAGAUUGAUUGAUAUAUUGACAAUCCCUGGCUUUAUCAUCCAUGAAAUGCCAACAAUUUAUGUCUCAAAGAGAGACUUGACAAACAAAAAUACAAACCAAUAG